AAGACUGCAGAAGUGUGCCGAGAUAUAAACACCGCUCAGGGACGAGACUUUACACUAACAAUCGACAACAGACUGAAUUCAACUGCUGUCCUAAGAGCCUGCUCCAGUUCAAAUUCUGGUAAAUUACAACUAUUUAGUUUUAAUUUGGCUCUUACUGAGACUGGCCUUAGCAAUGCAGCAGUGGAUGGGAUGCAAUUUAGUGCUCCGUAUCAUUUUGAUAAUGAGGCUUUCAGAGAGGGACGGGAAAUCAUCACUCAGGGCCUAGACGCAGUGAAAGCCAGCAUGAAGGCGGGGAGCUUUUCAUCCGCCCGCAUCAGACUGGGGAUUGUGUGUCAUACUGUACAGGAUUUCUAUAGCCAUAGUAACUGGGUGGAACUGGGAAACACUGCUCCUUUCAGCAACCUGAUCAGUCCUGGCCUUCCCCUCAACAACCUAGCAGGCCUCAACACAGCAACAUGCAGAAGUUGCGAUGGAGAAAACUGCAGUAACAACAUUCUCCCAGAGAUCCUGCAGCAGAAGCUAUUAACUUCAGGAUAUUUUAGCCUUCUCUCUUCCACCAAACCUGCAGGCAAGUGUAGCCAUGGUGGCUUGUUUGACAGGACUAGUUCAAGUGAACCCAGUGGAGGCAUCAAUAAGGAUGAGAUCAGCUCUAGUCAUGGCUUCCUACACCACCGUGCUGCAGACCUGGCAUUCUUUGCUACCAUGGACUUGCUGGAAGACAUUCGAAGGGCCACAGGCAACCAAGCCUAUCUUCGAUUGAUGGGUUUCAGACAGGCCUCAGUGCUGGCUUUUGUUUUUGACACCUUAGACCGUUUUUUGGAUGACUUUGAAGAGACCAAGAGAGGUCCUGCAGUAUCAUUGAAAGCAGGAGAGGAACACCAGAGGAACCUUCAGAGUACAUUCUAGUCCCUUUAAUGAUCUAGCCUAAUGCCACAGGAGAACCUUUUUAUUUCCAAUGUUCCCUUGGAAACCACUAAAAUGGCUUUAUUCACGAAUGCACAAACAUCCUGCAUGUACCAUCCUGCACACUCCCUUAAAGAGAUUCUAAGAUGUGGGCUGCGAUCUGCAUAAGCAACCUCUGUUUGGUCUUACAAACUGGUGUUGUCUAUCGCCGAUUGGAUGUAUUUCUGUCCGAGAACACUUGAUGGUACAGGCCUAGAGUCUUGUCUUAAGAUUUUAUUCACACAAGAGCACAGCCAUGGAGGAUCCAGCAGCAACCUAUUGCCCAAAAUGAACUGUGGCAGGCUUUGGAUGCAGAAUAGGACUGUGGGAACAGAAGAUUGUAGAGGAAGUACCAUUGCAGUCAAAAUUUGAAACUGGAAAGCAAAGCAAACCAUAUAAAAAAAACAAUUACUAUAACUAAGAACUAAUUACAUUUGUUAGGAAAUUACAACACCUGAUUCUCUUGUUUCCAAACUAAGAAAAAAAUGCAUCGACUAUAUUUGCUGUUGCUGGCUGAGAUGCAUGGACUAGGGCACCUUUUUUUUUUAUUCAAAGUGCACUGUGCAUAUCGUUUUUGAUAUUGUAGGUAAUGUAGAGUCAAGUUGUGAUGUGUGUAUCUUAUGAUUACAGAUCUUGGACCUCUCAUAAGGACUGAAAAAGUGGAUACUUUCAAAAAGCGAAUCAAUUCCUUUUCAGCAUCUGGUCUAGGAGACCUCCCAGAGAUGUGCUUAUCAGGACAUAUGUCUUUGUCUGUUAAAUAUUUGUUUAAACAUUUAAUAUAUUAAGAUGUUAUGAUGUUUGUUAUUGUAACACUCUCUACCAAAUCUUAGAAUAAGUUGUUAUACUGGGCUCAGAUUUGAGGGCCACAAUGAAGCCCAACUAAAAGAAUGUUAUGAUGUUAAUCUUAAAUGUCCCUGUCUUUUGUGUUUUACUGUCUUAUGGGCCUUCUAUUUGGCAUUUGUUUUCACUGAUGCUGUAGCAAAGGAUUUGGCAUUGAAAAGCACAAUGGAGGCCAUGAUUGAAAACAGUCAACAGUGAAUUCCUGCAGAAAUUCAAAUGGUUUUAUUUCUGUUAGGCUCAAUUCUCUGUCUGCGGUAUGUUAUGGAUGUCAAAAUGAAUAAAUAAU